CGCCGAAUCUCGCACCGAUCAUUUCUGAUAAAAAUACACAACGUUCCUCUUCAUCACCGUCUUUUCAAACCAAGCCAGUUUUAACUAGUUUGUAAAUUUAUGGAUUAAUCAUGGAGAAAGUCGAAACUUCACAUUCAGAUCACAACGAUCGUCGAGAAUCUCACACUUCAUCCCAUAGCGACGAAGAAUCAUCCAUAUCGUCUUCUUCACACCACAACCAUCAAAAUGACGACAUUUCGCGGACGUACUCCCUCGGCGACACAGAAUGGCAGAGCAUUCGUGCGCCAAACACGGGAAUGAGCAUGACGAGAACUGUUUCGCGGCGAGAAUCUGUUUUAUCGAGGAUUCGAUCACGGCCUAUCCCACAGUUUACGCAUCCUCUUGCGCAUGUCAAAACUACAGAGGAUCAGCUCGUUGAUUUCGACGGGCCUGAUGAUCCGUACAGACCGAUGAACUGGCCUAACAAGAAGAAGAUCCUGACAACGAUGCUUUACGGGUUGGUUACAAUGUCAGCGACCUGGGCGUCUUCCUCGUAUUCGUCUGGUACGGCACAAGUAGCGGCGCAUUUCCAUGUCGGAACACAAGUCGCUACUCUCGGCACAACACUCUUCCUCGUGGGCUUUGGAAUAGGGCCUUUGCUCUGGGCGCCGUUGAGUGAAGUCUACGGACGACGACAAGCGGUUCUUAUUCCCAUGUUUAUAGCGAUAUGCUUCAGUUUCGGAAGUGCAGUCGCAAAAGAUUUCCAGACGUUGAUGAUCACGAGGUUCUUUUGUGCCUUCUUUGCUUCGGCGCCUGUUACGAAUACAGGUGGUGUUUUGGGGGAUUUGUUUCUGCCCUCAGAGAGGGGGAUUGCUAUGGCGGGGUAUGCUAUGGCUGUUGUUGGAGGUCCUGUUCUCGGUCCUAUUGUUUCAGCUGCUGUUGUGCAGGACCCGAGUUUGGGCUGGAGGUGGACUGAGUAUCUUACUGGUAUUGUUCAGAUCAUCUUUUUGACGUUGGCUGUUAUCUUUGUUGAUGAGAGUUAUCCACCAAAACUUCUUAUUUACAAAGCCCGGAGACUACGUCACGAAACAGGCAAUUGGGCCCUUCACGCGAAAUUCGAAGAAUGGGAUGUGAGCAUUCAGGAACUCGCACGAAAGUUCUUGGUCAGACCCGUUCAGCUCCUCAUGACGCCCAUUUGCUUCCUCGUCGCUCUAUACGCUAGUUUCUGCUACGGUAUUCUCUACAUGCAACUUGGCGCUAUUCCCAUUAUCUUCAGAGAGAUCAGAGGCUGGGGCAUUCUAGUAUCCUCACUGCCUUUCAUCUGCAUUCUCCUCGGAGCUAUUCUCGGAUGCGGAGCGAAUGUGUACAACCAGCUCCUCUACAACAAAGCCUACCACGCCGCUGGAAACCGUGCUGUUCCCGAAAAACGCCUUCCCCCAAUGAUGGUCGGCUCUGUGAUUUUCAGCGGCGGUCAAUUUCUCAUCGGAUGGACUGCCGAGAAGGACAUUCACUGGGUCGUUCCCUGCAUUGGUCUCGUCUUAUUAGGAACAGGCUUCUUUACCAUCUUCCAAGCCGCGCUGAACUACCUGGUCGAUACGUUUACUAUGUACGCUGCCUCGGCUGUUGCGGCUAACACAUUUCUCAGAUCUUGUUUCGCGGCUGCUUUUCCGCUGGUGGUUGGACCUUUGUAUCACAAUAUUGGUGUUGGACCUGGGUCUAGUAUUACUGGUGGUUUUGCAGCGUUGUUGAUUCCUGUUCCGUUUGUGUUUUAUAUUUAUGGUAAGAGAAUCAGGGCUAGGUCGAAGUGGUCGAAGGCUUCGGUGUAUGACUAAAGCAUCCUUGCUUAGAGAAGAUAUGAGAGAUUGACAAAAUAAAUUUAUAGAUAGUCUAAGAUUGCAAUAAUACCCAGAUAAUAUACUAAACUCCGUACCCGUCUAUGUUAUGCUCCUAUUUGUUUCCAACCUGUUUGUUCCAUAAUUCCUUGUACCUUCCGUCUAUUGAGAUCAAUUCCGCGUGUGUUCCUGACUCAACAACCUGUCCAUUGUGAAUAACCAAGAUCUUGUCCGCGCUGACAAUGGUAGAUAGUCGAUGCGCAAUAACGAAUGUCGACCUCGCACGUUUCAACUCAUCCAAAGCACCCUGAAUACUUGACUCCGUAUUCGUGUCAACUGCACUCGUUGCCUCAUCGAGAAUCAAGAUUGGUGGAUUCUUGAGGAACACUCGAGCGAUUGCUAGUCUCUGGAUCUCUCCUCCUGACAGCUUGACACCCUGCUCUCCAACCUCUGUGUUAUAUCCAUCGACGAAGCUGAGAAUUUUGUCGUGGAUAGCUGCAGAGCGACAAGCAGCGUAGAUCUCCUCGUCUGUCGCAGAAGGUCGGGCGUAGCGCAUGUUCUCAAGGAUCGAUGCGUUGAAGAGAAGUGGGUCUUGAGGUACUACACCGAGAGCAUUUCUCAGUGAGCUGAGAGUGAUAUCCCGGAUAUCAUGACCAUCAAUGGUUAUAGAUCCCUCAUCAAUAUCGUAGAACCGAAGGAGAAGCUUCAUGAUGGAAGACUUGCCAGCGCCUGUCUCUCCAACCAAUGCAACAGUUUGUCCAGGCUCAACUGACAGCGAUAAGUCCUGGACUGUUGGUUUCCGAGGAUCAUAAGAGAAACAAACAUCAUGGAACGCAACACGUCCCUCGACCUUCUCCAGAUCCUUAGCACCCUCCUUGUCAGUGAUAGUGGGCUUUGUCUGCAGCAGAUAGAGCAGGCGCUCAGCAUCAACCAAGUCUGACAUGAGUUGUCUGUAACUAUGAGACAAGAACUUCAAUGGCCAGACCAAGUACUCCCAGUACUGAAUGAAGAAGACAAAAUCACCGGGCGAUGAUCCACCCUGCCAGACAUCGUAAAUAACAAGGCUCACCAGUGUGAAGAACGUACAGGGGAUAAGAGCGUUAAGUAGCCCCUGGAUAUAGGCAUCCCUCUUCUCGUAGUUCAGACCAGCAGAUAAUUGCUUAUUGACAGCAGAUCCGAAGCGAUACUUCUCGUAGUUGAACAUAUUGAAGUAUGUAACGGUCUGCCAGCCCUGGACAGCUUGGUGCAUCACACGAACUUCUUCUCUCUUCGACUUUGUCGAUUCUCGUCGGUUAUCGAGGUUCCAUCCUGUGGCUUUGACUUCAAACGUGACGAAGAGGACUGAGCCGAUGGCCAUUGCCAAAGCCACGUAGCUAUUGAACUUCCAGUACAGAAAUACAAAAGCGAUAGCCAAAUCAACGACAGUGGGGAGAAUCUCGAUGAUAAGCAUGUCAAGGACAUUCGUCAAUGCUUCACCCUGUUCAAUAGCCUUCAUAACCUCCGCCGAGUCACGCUCAGAGUGAAACUCCAUAGGCAGCGAUAGAACGUGGUUAAACGCUGCGUUCGUGAGAGAUCGGUAUGAGAACUGCUUAAUCGGGAUUUUGGCCAGGGACUCAAUAAGUCCGACGACAACGUCGUGAGAAGCAAGGCUCAUGAUAAGCCAGAUGAAAAGAGCGUGGAAUGGAUUUUGCUUGGCGAGGAGUUGAUCGGCCACGAUGCCUAGUUGACGAGGAACCAGGAUGUUGAAGACUCGAGUAGCCAGGAUACAGAAUAGGGAGAUUAAAAUGCAGAGUUGGACUUUGCGGUCUUUCUUGGGGAUCAAGAAGGGGAGGAAGAUGGAAAAGUCGGAGAGGUAGCCUAGCCAGCCACCCUUCUCCUUGAGUUUCUUUGCGCGUUGGCGUUUGAUAUCGAUUACAUCUUCGUCUGAUUCGCUGCCUGAGAUGUACUGAUCGUCAUCGACCUCUGUGUCUGACGAUGUCUCAGUACCGUAGCUUGGGCAUGCUCUGCCGUUUGCAAGGCCGUUUGAUUGGAGGAAGGGCUGCGAUUCCUCUGCUUCUGAAUCGGGGGUGUAGUAUCUGCCACUGGUUGAGAGAUGGUAGAUCAUGAGGAAAAGAAGAGGUAGGAGUCUGAACGUUUGAGAGGCGAGUUGCACAAUAUGAUAGAUAUCAUUCUGGCCGUUGACAGCGGAGAAUAUUUGCAACGGAAUCUCGAAUGCAAGGGUAAUAAGCGAUGUUCCGAGAACCAAUAACCGCGGUGCAGUUCGCUGACUCCAGAUAAACGCCCAUACCGAUAGGAGCACGACAAGGUGUAUCGCCUCAGGCUCUUUACUCUGCUGACUCUCCUGCACAAAGGUCGAUAUACCCUCAGCCAAAUACCCCAGGAUCAAAAGCCCAGCAGCAAGACGAUCAUAAUUCCGUGGGGUAGUUUUCCCAGUGGUACGAGCAGCGUUGAGAAUAGUAACAACCGAAACAAACACUACAGCUACUAAGGAGCAGCUGUAGUGAAGGAUAUUUGAGACCUGAAGAAUUGACGGCAUUUUUACAAGCCGGGCAGGUAAGUGUAACAAGAAAAACGGUGUAAUUUUAUUUUUUGGAUUAAAAACCGUCUGAUCAAAUCUUAUAUACCCAAUUCCUCAGCCCUACGUGCAACGCAGCAUGAAAAAGCCAAGGUCGCCUGCGGUCAUUUGAGGCGCACAUAUUCGACACAGCCAAUCGGCGUGGCUAUGAGUCAAUGCCACAGCGGGUCUCGCCACCAAGAGUGAUCCCUUUGUGGUAAUAAGUUUCGACGUGUUGAUUGGCUACGGCGUAUUCUGCUGUGGAGAUCCCAAUCGGUAUGUACGGCAGGGUAACAUACGGGAGGAUGAUUAUGCUUAUUAUUGGUUUUGUAUGACUUUGUAUUGAGUCAUGAGGAUCCCACUGCCGAGGCUCGUGCUGCUUGAUAGGUGAAGUUUGAUGUUUUGCGGGAUGGACGAGAUGAGGUUUAUUCCGGUGCCAAGAAGCGUGGGCAUCACGGCGAUUUCGACGGUAUCCACUAGCUGAGCUUGCAGACAUUGGGAUGCGAGCUGACCACCACCCAUAAGCCAGAUAUCCUUCCCGUCAUUCGUUUUCAGGCGUCUGAUGUAAUCAAGCACGUUUUCAUGUAUGACUGUAACAUCGGGAAAAUGGUGCUGGUUCAUGGUUCGACUGGCUACCAUGACUGAUUCUUUGGGGCGCUUUGAUAGUGGAUUGUCAGCGCCGAAAGAUUGCAUGACUUGGUAUGUCUUGCGGCCCAUGAUGAAAUAGUCGAAUUCGGCAUACAGCGCGGGGAAGUCUAUCGUGGGAUCCUCGAUGAUCCAGGUUGUUGAACCAUCUGGUGGUGCGAUGUACCCGUCGAGACUUGCUGCAACGUUAUAGCGAAGGCGCGGCAUGUUGGGCAGUAAAUGAUAAGA